AUGAAAGUCUGCUCUGGGCCGUCUCCAGGGCUGCUCACGCACCUGCCCCCAUCCGGAUCUUACCUCCCGGGGCUGCUCACGCACCUGCCCCCAUCCAGGCCUUACCUCCCGGGGCUGCUCACGCACCUGCCCCCAUCCGGGCCUUACCUCCCAGGGCUGCUCACGCACCUGCCCCCAUCCGGGCCUUACCUCCCAGGGCUGCUCACGCACCUGCCCCCAUCCGGGCCUUACCUCCCGGGGCUGCUCACGCACCUGCCCCCAUCCGGGCUUUACCUCCCAGGGCUGCUCACGCACCUGCCCCCAUCCGGGCUUUACCUCCCGGGGCUGCUCACGCACCUGCCCCCAUCCGGGCCUUACCUCCCGGGGCUGCUCACGCACCUGCCCCCAUCCCUCCCUUACCUCCCGGGGCUGCUCACGCACCUGCCCCCAUCCCUCCCUUACCUCCCAGGGCUGCUCACUCACCUGCCCCCAUCCCUCCCUUACCUCCCGGGGCUGCUCACGCACCUGCCCCCAUCCCUCCCUUACCUCCCGGGGCUGCUCACGCACCUGCCCCCAUCCGGGCUUUACCUCCCGGGGCUGCUCACGCACCUGCCCCCAUCCAGGCCUUACCUCCCGGGGCUGCUCACGCACCUGCCCCCAUCCCUCCCUUACCUCCCGGGGCUGCUCACGCACCUGCCCCCAUCCCUCCCUUACCUCCCGGGGCUGCUCACGCACCUGCCCCCAUCCCUCCCUUACCUCCCGGGGCUGCUCACGCACCUGCCCCCAUCCGGGCCUUACCUCCCGGGGCUGCUCACGCACCUGCCCCCAUCCGGGCCUUACCUCCCGGGGCUGCUCACGCACCUGCCCCCAUCCGGGCCUUACCUCCCGGGGCUGCUCACGCACCUGCCCCCAUCCGGGCCUUACCUCCCGGGGCUGCUCACGCACCUGCCCCCAUCCGGGCUUUACCUCCCGGGGCUGCUCACGCACCUGCCCUCAUCCGGGCUUUACCUCCCGGGGCUGCUCACGCACCUGCCCUCAUCCGGGCUUUACCUCCCGGGGCUGCUCACGCACCUGCCCCCAUCCGGGCCUUACCUCCCGGGGCUGCUCACGCACCUGCCCUCAUCCGGGCUUUACCUCCCGGGGCUGCUCACGCACCUGCCCUCAUCCGGGCUUUACCUCCCGGGGCUGCUCACGCACCUGCCCCCAUCCGGGCUUUACCUCCCGGGGCUGCUCACGCACCUGCCCUCAUCCGGGCUUUACCUCCCGGGGCUGCUCACGCACCUGCCCCCAUCCGGGCCUUACCUCCCGGGGCUGCUCACGCACCUGCCCCCAUCCAGGCCUUACCUCCCGGGGUUGCUCACUCACCUGCCCCCAUCCCUCCCUUACCUCCCGGGGCUGCUCACGCACCUGCCCCCAUCCGGGCCUUACCUCCCGGGGCUGCUCACGCACCUGCCCCCAUCCGGGCUUUACCUCCCGGGGCUGCUCACGCACCUGCCCCCAUCCAGGCCUUACUUCCUGGGGCUGCUCACGCACCUGCCCCCAUCCGGGCCUUACCUCCCGGGGCUGCUCACUCACCUGCCCCCAUCCGGGCCUUACCUCCCGGGGCUGCUCACGCACCUGCCCCCAUCUGGGCCUUACCUCCCGGGGCUGCUCACGCACCUGCCCCCAUCCCCAUUCCUCCACAAAAGAUGGAAGGAGAUUCGUUAA